AUGGCAGCAGCCGGGGCCGGGACUGCGGCUAGCCCCAGGGCGGCUCGCCAAGUCCACGUUGGUCGCUCAGAUGGUCGCGUCUACACAACCCAAGAGAUCACCUCCAAGAGGAAGACGGCCGCAAACCAGAUUGGGGAGCCGAUCCCCGAGGACUGGUCCCAGAUCGCGGAUGCUGAGAGUCGGGGCAAGAUGAUUCAAUGGAAGGUAGUGAUAGGAACUGGCCUGUCAGAAGAGCUGGCCUGGCCCAAGGACUCUCAAUAUCAGCUGCUAUUCCCGGAAAGUUACUGCCUAAGAUGGCACAACUCUGGCGGCCCAAAGAAAGAGGCCUGUAUCUACGGUCAUCCGCAGGACUGCUCAGAAGAGUUCCUAUACAAGCAUCCACACGAGUUCAUCCCACACGUUUUGUGGCUUCUCAGCGACUCUCAAGACCACAAGGACUGCCCUUGCCAGCCAUGCCAUAUCGCAACAGGCAGGAAGUGGCCUCAGUCUCUCAAGGCCAAGUACGAGAAAAAGGCAGCGGCUUUGGCAGCACCAGGCCCGGAGACAAAACCCAAGAAAGCUGCGACAAAAUCUGCCGCAGCGAAGAAGAAGGCUGCGGCAGCCACUCCGGUCUCCCAGACCUCCACUCCAGAAGUCACGAACAAGGCACUGAAGGAGCCCGCCGUGCCUCCAAAGACAGCAAAGAAAUCUGCUACCCCUAAGACAUCGGCCCCAGCCACGGCUCCAGCACCGGUCACGGCCCCAGCACCAGUCUCAGCCCCAGCCCCGGCCCCAGCCCCGUCUGUGCAGCCAGCGCCCGCGAAUGCCGCACCGCAUCCAUCAAUCAACAAUGAACCGACCUUGUUCCGCCGCGGUGAGAUGGUGUGGUUCCAGCAGGGGCCAGCAUGGAGGAUCGGGGUCAUCAGACAAGUCGGCACAGGGCAGAUACCCGGCUACGCCGUUAUACCCCUUGCGCACUCUGUUCUCAACUUAGCGGAUGUGCCAAAGCAGCAACAGGAAAUGCGGCCAUUUCUCACCUUCAGCGUGCCAGCCAUUUCGCUUCCAGAUUUGCAGCACAAGACCUUCCCCCAGGUCGACUGGCAAGCUCUCCUGCAAAUGAAUGCCCAACGGCCCGAGUUCAUCGGCCUUGAGGCGUCUAAGAUGGCGGCACUAGAAAUCGACGGCUCUUGGUCAACAUUCAACCGGCUGAACAUGGGCCCCAAGCAGCCUCCCAAUAAGACUAUGUACGGCGGAGUCUUCCUGGGUGCCGAGAUGAUCCGCCUGGGAGACCCGAUCCGCCACAGGGAGAAGAGCCACGGCAUAAUGGAAGUAACCGAAAUUACCGUAACGACAGCCACCUCCGUGCCCAACCCAGCCGACCCACCGAACACGAUGCCGGCGACGACAUACACGCUCAGCUUCCGCGGCAUCGAGUACGAGGCGUCGCUUGUCGCCGAGAAGGCGGCCCUCGGGCCGCAGCCCCAGGGCGCCAUCUUCGUCAGGGACAGCGCGUUCCGCACCGCCGCGGCCAAGGCGACGGGCGCCAAGCAGAAGUGCGUGUGGACGAUACAGUCGUGGGACACGGUCUGGGCGGAGCGGGAUGUCGGCGGCAGGCUGUACGUCACGAACGAGCUCAUCGGCGUGACGCAGGGGCCCCAGGCCGCCGAGACGGCCGUCACGACGGGCGCGUUUAGCGAGGCGACCGCGUACCUGAACAACCGGAUGCAGAACGCGGCCUCUAAGGACUUUGGAAGGAAGAUCAACCGCCGCACGACAGUCGGGUCUGCGGUUGCGCCGGGACAGCCUUUGAUAUUUGGGGAGGGCGUUAUUGAGGACGGUGUAGAGUAG